AUGGCGAGUCAAGUAAAGAAUCGGGUGAUAAUAGUCACUGGCGCGUCCAGAGGUAUCGGCCUCGCAGCUGCUCGAUAUCUACUACAACAAGGCCACAACCUCGUGGUCGUGGCUCGUAGCAAGGGACCUCUGGAGCAAUUGCGUUCCCAAUACCCUCAACAGGUGCAAGUGCUCGCCGGCGACCUAGCGGAUCUCUCACUGGGACAGAGGGCCGCUGACCUAGCCACCUCGUCUUGGAACCGCAUCGACAGCCUGAUAGUCAAUCACGGUGUGCUUGAGCCAGUGAAGAGAAUUAGCGAGGUCAACGCCGAGGACUGGCGCUCAGCUUUUGAUAUCAAUGUCUUUUCCGCUGUCGCACUUGUCAAAGCAGCAUUACCAUCAUUGCGGUCCGCAGAAGGCAGGAUAAUAUUCACUUCGUCUGGCGCCUCUGUCGGCGCAUAUUCAACAUGGGGAAGCUACGGCGCCUCCAAGGCUGUUCUCAACCAUCUAGCGAUGUCGCUUGCAGUCGAGGAACCGAACGUGACGUCGAUCAGUAUCCGGCCGGGAGUCGUCGACACUGAGAUGCAGCGGGAGCUGCGUGAGAUCCAUCACACCAGCAUGGACAAGAAAGAUGCGGAGAAAUUUGCAUCCUUGAAGAAGAAUGGCGGCCUGCUGAAGCCGGAGCAGCCGGGUCAUGUCAUGGCUAAGCUCGCAGUCGAUGCACCCAAAGAGCUGAGCGGCCGAUUUUUGAGGCAACUGGAACGACGACAGCCUCAAAGCAUUCCAGGAGUGAUAGCUGACCGUGUCGUGCCGCUCUGCAGCCCUUGA